AAAAAAAGGUAGGAGGUUAUUUCCUUGUAAUGACAUAGAACAAUACUAUAUGAACCCACUUCCCCGCAGCUUACUCUGUACUUUGAGUUGCUCUGCUUUGAAGAAUCUCACAUCUCACAUCAACAUCUCAACAAUGACCUCAGAUAACACAAAAGAGGCGACAGCAUCUAAAAGCAGAGUGUACAUCUCUCUUCCAAUGAAAUACAGGACUGCUUUGGCUGAACAUUAUGAACUGGACCAUGGACUGUUCAUAAAGGAUCUGAACAUUUAUUUAAGUGAAGGAUACCUACAAGCUUAUUUUAGAGAAUGGGGCACCAUCACAGCGUGUAAGAUUAAGAAGUGCCACUCAGAGAAAAAUAAGGCAGUGGCCUAUGUGAGGUUUUCUACAGAGGAUGAAGCAGAUAGAGCAGACUGGGCUGGUCCUCACAUUAUUGGAGGCAUUGAAGUGGGAGUGAAACGAGUUGUCAGUCCAAAGAUUGAGGAUUCAGAAGACAAGAUGACAGUCCCUGCUGCACCGCGACCAAGGCGUUCAAUGGGUCUGGGCUACAUACUCGAAGAUGCUCAGUGGUUAGAUGAUGAAUGAAUAGACAAGUACUUUGGAACUUUUUCUGUCUCAGAUGAGUUUCAGGAUGUAUAAUUAGAAACACACGUUUGCUUACCUAAAGCUUUAACAUGUGUUGCUGUGGUACACAUUUUAUUGUGCUGAAUUUAUGUUCGUCAGGGAUAAACAUCACAAGGUGUGGUUGUAAAAGAUAGAUUAGAUUGACGAAUGCAACAUGAUUUUUUUUUCACUUGGACAUCGUAAAACGAUGUGAAAAAUAACCUAUUGCUCUUAAGCUGUGUGUAACUGAAUGUUUAAAAUAAAGAAAUGAAUAUAA